AGCGUGUCAAGGCACGUGAUGUCUCCGCAUCCACAGGAUAGAGGAGCGUUUUAGUGAUUCCGUUAUUCGUUAUCCGCAAACACUACAGCUGGAUAUUCGCUCCUCCACACUCAACUCCUUUUACUUUUCCUUUUCACUUUCCUUCCAAUUGUCUUUUCAGUUUUCACUCCUAUAUUCUUUUCUAUUUUCAACUGCACACUUAUUCGUGUGCUUCAGUGCUUGUGCAUGUGCAUGUUAAGAAGUAUAUAAAUACUCUGAUUGUCCCCAAACAACAUCACUGGCUCCCUCUUCUAAACCAAUAUUUCAUUAUUCUUAUAGCAAUAGCUAUGGUGGGGGUUUUCCGGCGUACCGUCUCAUUCCCAAACAAGAAUCCCAACCGUCCAUCACAAAAGCCGCAGAUAUCACACCACAUCAGGUCCAUCAGUUUGCCAUGCAGAUCACACCCUCUCAUCUCUCAGAUCAAGGACGACAUCAACGGCCUAACAACCUGGGCCUCCGCUUCCAAGUUCCACCCUCAGACACACUCUAGCCUCUCCCACGCCCUCACACUCCUGACCGACACACACGACACUCUUCACGAUAUCCUCCAGCUACCUCAGACCUGCGACUCCCUCCGAUCGAACCCUCUCUGGGUUGAAAACCUUCUAGAAGAUUUCCUCCGCUUCGUUGAUGUCUACGGAAUGUUCCAGACCUCAGUCAUGUCCCUCAAAGAAGAAAACUCUGCAGCUCAGAUGGCUCUUAGAAAGAGAGACCGCUCCAAGCUUGUGCUCUACGCUAAAGCCAAGAAGAAAAUGGCCAAAGACAUGGACAAACUCGUCAGUGGAAUCACGUGCGUCACACAUCAAAUGCACCUUCCCACCGCCUCCUCCUCCUCCUCAUUAUCCACUGCAGCGUUCGCAGCCGCUGGGGAAGCUGAGCUGGCGCGUGUGAUCUCCGACGUUAUCAGCGUAACGGUAACGGUUUCUGUUGCUCUCUUUAACGGCAUCGCGGCUUCGUUUGCAUCCAGGAGGAUGACAUGGACGCAGAUGGCGAAGUUGUCCAGUAUAACAGGAAGGAGCAAUAGCACUAGAUCAAUGAAUUAUAAGGAGCAGGAAGGAAUUGAGGAGCUUCUGGAAGCGGGCGCAGUGGAAGCAGAAGGGCGUGGGAAUAAUCUGAGAAAGAAGGGAGAAGAAGAAGUGAGGUUAGUUCUGAAGAGAAUGAGGGAUUUGGAGAGUUGCAUAUGUGGGAUCGAAAGUGUUACUGAGAAAGUCUUUAGGGCUCUCAUCAACUCAAGAGUUGCAUUGCUCAAUGCUCUUACCCUUACGCAGUAAAUACCGCAAAAUAAUUACAAAGAAAAACAGAUAAAUAAAAAGAUUACGUGCUGUUUUUUUGUUAUAUUUUGAGAUAUUUUCCUUGUAACAACAUACAAGCAUACUGAAAAUGAGAAAAAUAGUCCAUCAUGUAUA